AUUCAGUCCAGCUGUGAUGCCACAACCAAUUUAAUUUUCAAUCCUGACCUAUUUACACGUUAAUGAAUCAAUGCGUUCGAAACAGACGCCUAAUUUUCUUCCCCUCAAAGUUCGGCAGCGUCAGUCCUACUGCUACCAUUAUGGUUUCGAGUUUUCUCAUGCUGAGAACCAUCAUCCGGUCAUCGGUAAACGAAAGUGGAAUAAACAGUUUGGUAUGGAAGAGAAGAAUCUUGCCUCUAGCUAUCCACAUUCCUUCACUCUCCUUAACGGCCCAACACCUGAGGAAUACUUACUUCAGACAGUCAGCUUUCCCGUUGAGCUAACUCUCAGUAAAGCCGUUACUGCAUGCCAGAAAGUGGUGCUUUUCUUCAACCAGACCUCCUUUCUUCUAUUUUGUCAUGGUACUGAAUUCAUUCAGGAGUACGUGGUCACAGGCAUUACCUCUGCAAUGGCUUCCCUUCUGUUUGCAGCAUCAUCCAACCUACUAGAAGUUUACUUCCGGACUGCCGGAUCCUUACUACAUUUGGAUAUCUGUGUACGAUCCAGAAGUAUCAGUUCUUCUGGGGAUCUACCCAGUCACCCUGUUUCCCGACAGCAGUAUGAGAAGAUCCAUGACUUUGUAACACUGUACUUGCUUGAUCGAGCCCCAAGUUCUUUACCAUUGUCCCGGUCAUUUGUCUUCAACAGGCACUCGGAAACGCAGGAGGAGUUCGUUGCACUCAUAAAACUCUUGUACGACUACGCGCAAGCUCAAAACGAGGCAGCACGCACCAAGUGGGAUGCUCCAGAUAUCCAUAUUCAGUGCAGGGAGUUGAACACGAUGCUACGUCCAUAUCAGGUAGAUGCAGUCAAAUGGAUGUUGCAUCGCGAGCGACAUCACCUCACUAUAGACAAGAAUUGUAUGUACGACAAAAUGUUUCUUUCACUUCAACUGCCCGUUGCGCAGAAAGUUAUCUAUUUUUCUAUACUCACCGGCACUUUCAUGGAGCACUUGCCACCUUUGGAAGAUCCUUGUCCAGGUGGCAUUUUGGCUGACGAAAUGGGUUUGGGAAAAACAUUGGAAGUCAUCGCCCUCAUUCUGCUAAAUCCUUGGCGCGAGUGGGAGUCUCGUGGUGGUCAGCUGCUAUCUCUCGAAGGUCUACCGAGAAACCAGUGCGAUGCACCCACGCCGCCGUUAUUUGCCAACGGUUCCGAGCACGUCUUAUGUUCGUGUGGCAAUGUGGAAGAAACUCAGGAUUUCGACCUGGUCCAAUGCUCUGUCUGUGAUGGGCCAUCUCAGCACGCAGCUUGUGUUCAGUAUGAACCCUCCAAAUAUCGACAACUACUUCCCAUCCAACACGACUACGCUUUGGCAAGCUGGCAGUAUUCCAGCCUCUCGCGCUUCCUUCAGCUAGUAUGGCAGCUAGGGACGGAAAGGAUUCGCAUUGAAUCCAAAUCUACUCUGAUAGUUGCUCCCGACCAUAUAUGGCAGCAAUGGAAAGAAGAAUUACAAACCCAUCUUGCUUUCAAAACACUUGAUGUGUUGAUUCGCAUUGAAUCCAAAUCUACUCUGAUAGUUGCUCCCGACCAUAUAUGGCAGCAAUGGAAAGAAGAAUUACAAACCCAUCUUGCUUUCAAAACACUUGAUGUGUUGCCGUAA